AUGAAAAAUAAUAAUAAAAUAACCGGCGAAAGAGUUGAAAGAGUAAAAAAUAGAGGAUUUAGCAGUGGUAACGGUGGCGGUGGUAGUAGGGACAGAACUGGUAAUAACUCUAAACAACUUCAUGAAGUAAGAGAAGGAUUGGAAAACACCUCAUCAUAUACUACAUUAAUAACAUCUACAGAUGCUGUUCCAGUUAAUAAAUAUAAAAUUAAAACGUUUAAUGAAUAUCAGCAAUUAUCCAAAUACUUUGAACAACAAAUAAAGAUAUAUAAUGGAAUAAAAAGAUCUUUGGAUUUAUAUAUGAUGAAAGCUAAUGAGAUUAUGACGGAAAUAAAUGAUUCCGAUCUUACAAAUAUUCAUCAACGGAACUUGAAAAAAAUCAAGAAAUUAUUUGGUGAUGAUUCAAAGUGUCAAGAAGAAAUUAAAAAAUUUUACGAAUUACAAGAUGAUCUUAAGAUGAUUGAGGAAGCAUGUAAAAAUGCAACAACAAAUGGGAUAUAUAAAUGA